CCAGGGGGUGGCUUAGGGAAACCUCAGGAAAAGCGGGCCGGCGAGCAACGCCACCGAAGGGACAGUCAUGGUCUACCUCGUCCAGAGUCCUGGGAACCUGCUGGGGGAUCUAAACGUAAAGCAUCACCCACGGUCGUGAAAUGUAGGCUCUUUUUGCAUCCGGGACCUUGUCCCAGCCUUGGCUGGGUGGAGAAUGGUGUCGCCUAGCAGCCGCCGCCUCUAUUGCUUGCUGGGAACCAGUUGGCGGGAUCCAGUGUCCGCUUGGAACCGCGCAGGGGAGCGGUCGGGCGUAGCUGCGGGCCCGGCUUGGUGGAUGCGGUAGAUAAGAAACCUCCGCUGGUUGCCAGGCGUGCUAGGUGGAUCCUGACGUUAAAGCAUUGCUAAAGAAUUCAAGAUGCCACCUAAUAUAAACUGGAAAGAAAUAAUGAAAGUUGACCCAGAUGACCUGCCUCGUCAAGAAAAAUUGGCAGAUAAUUUAUUGGUUUCUUUAUCCAAGGUGGAAGCAAAUGAGCUAAAAAAUGAAAGUCAAGAAAACGUGAUACACCUUUUCAGAAUUACUCAGUCACUAAUGAAGAUGAAAGCUCAAGAAGCAGAGCUAGCUUUGGAAGAAAUUGAUAAAGCCGGAGAAGAACAAGCAAAAGUUGAAAAUAAAUUCCAAACUGAAUUAAUGAGACUGGAAAGUGAACUGGAGAUGGCACAACAGUCUACAGGUGGACGUGACACUCGGUUUUUACGUGAUGAAAUUCACCAGCUUGAAAAGCAAUUGGAACAAAAAGAUAGAGAAUUGGAGGACAUGGAAAAGGAGUUGGAGAAAGAAAAGAAAGUUAAUGAACAAUUGGCUCUUCGAAAUGAGGAAGCAGAAAAUGAAAACAGCAAAUUAAGAAGAGAGAAUGAACAGCUUCGUCAGGAUGUUAUUGACUAUCAGAAACAAAUAGAUUCACAAAAAGAAACACUGUUAUCAAGAAGAGGAGAAGACAGUGACUAUCGAUCACAGUUGUCUAAAAAAAACUAUGAACUUGUUCAAUAUCUGGAUGAAAUUCAGACUUUAACAGAAGCUAAUGAGAAAAUUGAAGUUCAGAAUCAAGAAAUGAGAAAAAAUCUAGAAGAGUCUGUACAGGAAAUGGAGAAGAUAACUGAUGAAUAUAAUAGAAUGAAAGCUAUUGUGCAUCAGACAGAUAAUAUAAUGGACCAAUUAAAAAAAGAAAAUGAGCAUUAUCGGCUUCAAGUGCAGGAGCUUACAGAUCUUCUAAAAGCAAAAAAUGAAGAAGAUGAUCCAAUCAUGGUAGCUGUUAAUGCAAAAGUAGAAGAAUGGAAGUUAAUUUUGUCUUCUAAAGAUGAUGAAAUUAUUGAAUAUCAGCAGAUGUUACAUAGCCUAAGGGAGAAACUGAAAAAUGCCCAGCUUGAUGCUGAGAAAAGUAACGUUAUGGCUCUACAACAGGGUAUACAAGAACGAGACAGUCAUAUUAAGAUGCUCACUGAGCAAGUAGAACAAUAUACAAAGGAAAUGGAAAAAAAUACAUUUAUUAUUGAAGAUUUGAAAAAUGAGCUCCAAAGAAACAAAGGUGCUUCAACACUUUCUCAACAGACUCAUUAUAUGAAAAUGCAAUCUAAGGUUCAAAUUUUAGAAGAGAAGACUAAAGAGGCUGAGAGAACAGCUGAACUGGCUGAGGCUGAUGCUAAGGAAAAGGAUAAAGAACUAGUUGAGACUCUGAAGCGAUUAAAAGAUUAUGAAUCUGGAGUAUAUGGUUUAGAAGAUGCUGUUAUUGAAAUAAAGAAUUGUAAAAACCAAAUUAAAAUAAGAGAUCGAGAGAUUGAAGGAUUGACAAAGGAAAUCAAUAAACUUGAGAUGAAGAUCAAUGAUUUCCUCGAUGAAAAUGAGGCACUUAGAGAGCGUGUGGGCCUUGAACCGAAGACAAUGAUUGAUUUAACUGAAUUUAGAAAUAGCAAAAGUUUAAAACAGCAUCAGUACAGAGCCGAAAACCAGAUUCUUUUGAAAGAGAUUGAAAGUUUAGAGGAAGAACGACUUGACCUGAAAAAAAAAAUCCGCCAAAUGGCUCAAGAAAAAGGAAAAAGAACUGCAACUUCAGGCUUAAUAGUUGAGGACCUGAACCUAACAGAAAACUUUUCUCAAGAAAAUAGAAUGGGAGAAAGAAAAUUUGAUUUCAUGAGCCUUGAAAAUAUGAAUGCAGCACAUUCAAAGUGUGAAUUUCUUUCAAGAGAACUAAUUGAAAAAGAAAGAGAUUUAGAAAGAAGUAAAACAAUAAUAGCCAAAUUUCAGAGUAAAUUAAAAGAAUUAGUUGAAGAAAAUAAACAACUUGAAGGAGGUAUGAAAGAAAUAUUGCAAGCUAUUAAGGAAAUGCAGAAAGAUCCUGAUGUUAAUGGAGGAGAAACAUCUCUAAUAAUUCCUAGUCUUGAAAGACUAGUUAAUGCAAUGGAAUCAAAGAAUGCAGAAGGAAUCUUUGAUGCCAAUCUCCAUUUGAAAACCCAAGUUGACCAAUUUACUGGGAGGAAUGAAGAAUUAAGACAGGAGCUCAGGGAAGCUCGGAAGGAGGCUAUAAAUUACUCUCAGCAGCUGGCAAAAGCAAAUUUAAAGAUUGAUCAUCUUGAAAAAGAAACCAAUCUUUUGCGGAAAUCAGAAGGAUCAAAUGUUGUUUUUAAAGGAGUAGACUUACCUGAUGGAAUAGCACCAUCUAGUGCCAAUAUUAUUAAUUCUCUGAAUGAAUAUUUAAUACAUAUUUUACAGGAACUAGAAUAUAAAGAAAAUAAGUUAAAGGAUUUAGAAGAUUCUCUUGAAGAGUAUAACAGAAAAUUUGCAGUAAUUCGUCAUCAACAAAGCUUAUUAUAUAAAGAAUAUCUAAGUGAAAAGGAGACCUGGAAAACACAAUCUGAAACAAUGAAAGAAGAAAAGAAAAAACUUGAUAGUCAAAUUCAACAAGAUGCUAUAAAAGUAAAAGAAUAUAAUAACUUGCUCAGUACUCUUCAGAUGGAUUCAGAUGAAAUGAAAAGAACACUUUCCGAUUAUAGUAGAAAAAUCACUGUCUUGCAAGUCAAUGAAAAGUCACUCAUAAGACAAUAUACUACUUUAAUAGAAAUGGAGCACCAACUUAGAAAAGAAAAUGACAAACAGAAGAAUGAAUUGAUAUCAAUGGAAGCUGAAGUUGGUGAAAAAAUUGGACGUUUACAACGAUUUAAGGAGAUGGCCAUUUUCAAGAUUGCUGCUCUCCAAAAAGUUAUGGAUAAUAGUGUUUCUCUGUCUGAACUAGAAUUGGCCAAUAAACAAUACAAUGAAUUGACUGCUAAGUACAGGGACAUCUUGCAAAAAGAUAAUGUGCUUGUUCAAAGAACAAACAACUUGGAACACCUAGAGUGUGAAAAUGCAUCUCUAAAAGAGCAAAUAGAGUCUAUAAAUAAAGAACUAGAGAUUACUAAGGAAAAACUUCACACUAUUGAACAAGCCUGGGAAAAAGAAACUAAAUUAGGAAAUGAAUCUAACAUGGAUAAGACAAAGAAAUCAAUAACCAACAGUGAGAUUGCUUCUAUUUCAAAAAAAAUCACUAUGCUAGAGAUGAAGGAAUUAAAUGAAAGGCAGCGGGCUGAACAUUCUCAGAAAAUGUAUGAACACAUAAAGACUUCAUUAAAACAAAUGGAAGAACGUAAUUUUGAAUUGGAAACCAAAUUUGCUGAGCUUACCAAAAUAAACUUGGAAGCACAGAAGGUGGAACAGAUGUUAAGAGAUGAACUAGCUGGUAGUGUGAGCAAGACAGUAAGUGAUGCUGAUAGACAACGGAUUCUAGAAUUAGAGAAGAAUGAAAUGGAACUAAAAGUGGAAGUGUCAAAACUGAGAGAGAUUUCUGACAUUGCCAAAAGGCAAGUUGAAAUUUUGAAUGUACAACAACAGUCCAGGGAAAAGGAAGUAGAGUCCAUCAGAAUGCAACUGUUAGACUAUCAGGCACAGUCGGACGAAAAGGCACUAAUUGCCAAGUUGCACCAACACCUUGUCUCUCUUCAAAUUAGUGAGGUUACUGCUCUUGGUAAGUUGGAGUCGGUCACAUCAAAACUGCAGAAGAUGGAGGCCUGUAAUUUGCGUUUAGAACAGAAACUGGAUGAAAAAGAACAGGCUCUCUAUUAUGCCCGUUUGGAGGGGAGAAACAGAGCAAAACACCUGCGCCAAACAAUUCAGUCCCUGCGACGCCAGUUCAGCGGAGCUUUGCCCUUGGCACAGCAGGAGAAGUUCUCUAAGACAAUGAUUCAGUUACAAAAUGACAAACUGAAGAUAAUGCAAGAAAUGAAAAAUUCUCUACAAGAACAUAGAAAUAUGGAGAACAAAACAAUGGAGAUGGAAUUAAAGUUAAAGGGGUUAGAAGAGUUAGUAAGCACUUUAAAGGAUGCCCGGGGAGCCCAAAAGGUAAUCAGUUGGCAUAUGAAAAUAGAAGAACUCCGUCUUCAAGAGCUUAAAUUAAAUCGAGAAUUAGUCAAGGAUAAAGAAGAAAUAAAAUAUUUGAAUAAUAUAAUUUCUGAAUAUGAGCAUACAAUCAGCAGUCUGGAGGAAGAAAUUGUACAGCAGAACAAGUUUCAUGAAGAAAGGGAAAUGGCCUGGGAUCAAAGAGAAGUUGAGCUGGAACGUCAACUAGACAUUUUUGACCGUCAGCAAAAUGAAAUACUAAAUGCAGCACAAAAGUUUGAAGAUGUUAUAGGAUCAAUGCCAGACCCGAGCUUGCCCCUUCCAAAUCAACUUGAGAUUGCUCUAAGAAAAAUUAAGGAGAAUGUUCGAAUAAUUCUAGAAACACGAGCAACUUGUAAAUCACUAGAGGAGAAGCUAAAAGAAAAAGAAUCUGCUUUACGGUUAGCAGAGCAAAAUAUUUUGUCAAGAGACAAAGUAAUCAAUGAACUCAGGCUUCGUUUACCUGCCACCGCAGAACGAGAAAAGCUUAUAGCUGAACUAGGCAGAAAGGAGGUAGAACCACAGUUCUAUCACACAUUGAAAAUUGCUCAGCAGACUAUUGCAAACAUGCAAGCAAGGCUGAAUCAGAAGGAAGACAUGUUAAAGAAGUAUCAGCGUCUUCUGGAAAAAGCCAGAGAGGAGCAAAGAGAAAUUGUUAAGAAACAUGAAGAAGAUCUUCAUAUUCUUCAUCAUAAAUUAGAACUACAAGCUGAUAGUUCACUCAAUAAAUUCAAACAAACAGCGUGGGAUUUACUAAAACAGUCUCCUACUCCAGUUCCUACCAACAAGCAUUUUAUUCGUUUGGCUGAGAUGGAACAGACAGUAGCAGAACAAGAUGACUCUCUUGCUUCACUUUUGAUAAAACUAAAAAAAGUGUCUCAAGAAUUGGAGAGACAAAAAGAAAUCACUGAGUUAAAAAUCAAAGAUUUUGAAAAUACCAAAUUACGGCUCCAAGAAAAUCAUGCAGCUGAAGUGAAAAAAGUAAAAGCACAAGUAGAGGAUUUAAGGUGCCUUCUGGCCCAGUCCCAAAAUGAGUUACAGAGUUUAAAAUCUGAACUUCAGGCUCAAAAAGAAGCAAAUUCAAGAGCUCCAACAAGGACAAUGAAAAAUCUAGUGGAAAGGUUAAAGAGCCAAUUAUCCCUUAAAGAGAAACAACAAAAAGCACUUAGUCGAGCACUUUUGGAACUCAGAGCGGAAAUGACAGCAGCGGCUGAAGAACGUAUUAUUUCUGCAACCUCUCAGAAAGAGGCGAAUCUCAAUGUUCAACAGAUUGUUGAUCGACAUACCAAAGAGCUAAAGUCACAAAUUGAAGAUUUAAGUGAAAAUCUUUUAACAUUGAAAGAAGCUCUUAAAACAAGUAAAAACAGAGAAAAUUCACUAACUGAUAAUUUGGAUGACUUAACUAAUGAACUACAAAAAAACCAAAAAGCCUAUAAUAAAAUGCUUAGAGAGAAAGAUGAAAUUGAACAAGAGAAUGAUGAACUGAAAAGGCAAAUAAAAAGACUAACCAAUGGAUUACAGGGCAAAACUCUGAUAGAUAAUAAACAAAGUUUAAUUGAAGAACUCCAAAAGAGAAUUAAAAAGCUAGAAAGCCAACUAGAAAGAAAAGUGGAUGAGGUAGAAAUAAAGCCGAUGAAAGAAAAGAGUGCUAGAGAAGAAUUAAUUAAGUGGGAAGAAGGUAAAAAAUGGCAAAGCAAAAUAGAGGGAAUGCGAAACAAGUUAAAAGAGAAAGAAGGGGAAAUCUAUAUUCUAACAAAGCAGUUGAAUACUGUGAAGGAUCUUUUUGCCAAAGUUGAUAAAGAGAAACUAACUUUGCAGAGGAAACUAAAAACAACUGGCAUGACUGUUAAUCAAGUUAUGGGAGUGCAAGCUUUGGAGUCAGAAAAAGAGUUGGAAGAAUUAAAAAAGAGAAAUCUUGACUUAGAAAAUGAGAUAUCAUAUAUGAGGACCCAUCAGGCUCUUCCUCGAGAUUCUGUUAUAGAAGAUUUACGUUUACAGAACAGAUACCUCCAAGAAAAACUUCAUGCUUUGGAGAAACAGUCUUCAAAGGUUAUCUCUUCUAGGCCUUCUACUUCAGAAAUAGAGUCAGAUGAUCAUUGGCAAAGAGAACAGGAGCUUCAGAAGGAAAACUUGAAGUUGUCAUCUGAAAAUAUUGAACUAAAAUUUCAGCUUGAACAAGCAAAUAAAGAUUUGCCAAGAUUGAAGAAUCAAGUAAGAGAUUUGAAGGAAAUGUGUGAAUUUCUUAAAAAAGGAAAAGAAGAAGUUGAGCGGAAACUUGGCCAUGUUAGAGGGUCCGGCAGAAGUGGAAAGACAAUCCCAGAACUAGAAAAAACCAUUGGUUUAAUGAAAAAAGUAGUUGAAAAAGUCCAAAGAGAAAAUGAACAGUUGAAAAAAGCAUCAGGAAUACUGACCAGUGAAAAAAUGGCUAAUAUUGAACUGGAAAAUGAAAAGUUGAAGGCUGAAUUAGAAAAACUUAAAGCUCAUUUUGGACGACAGUUGAGCAUGCACUAUGAAUCCAAGACCAAAGGCACAGAGAAAAUUGUUGCUGAAAAUGAACGUCUUCGUAAAGAACUUAAAAAAGAAACUGAAGCUGCAGAGAAAUUGCGGAUAGCCAAGAAUAACUUAGAGAUAUUGAAUGAGAAGAUGACAGUUCAGCUAGAAGAGAUGGGAAAGAGGUUACAGUUGGCGGAAAGUAGAGGUCCACAGCUCGAGGGUGCUGACAGCAAGAGCUGGAAAUCAAUUGUUGUUACAAGAAUGUAUGAAACCAAAUUGAAAGAAUUGGAAACUGAUAUUGCCAAAAAAACACAAAGUCUUACUGAUCUUAAACAGCUUGUAAGACAAGCAACAAAGAGGGAACAAAAAGUUAAGAAAUACACCGAAGACCUUGAGCAACAGAUUGAGAUUCUCAAACAUAUUCCUGAAGGUGCUGAAACAAAGGAAGGCCUUCAAAGGGAGCUUCAAGUUCUUAGAUUAGCUAAUAGUAAGCUGGAAAAAGAAAAAGAAGAAUUAAUCCACCAGACAGAAGUACACAAAGACCAAGGCGGAGCGGAGAGCACCGUACAUGAUCAUGGUCAACUAAAGGAAAAGAUAAAGAAUCUAGAGACACAGCUGAAGACUUCAGAUCUAGAAAAGCAGCAUUUGAAGGAGGAAAUAAAAAAGCUGAAGAAAGAACUGGAAAAUGUUGAUCCGUCGUUUUUUGAAGAAAUCGAAGAUCUGAAGUAUAACUACAAAGAAGAAGUGAAAAAAAAUAUUCUUUUAGAAGAGAAGUUAAAAAAACUUUCUGAACAAUUUGGAGUUGAAUUAACUAGUCCUGUUGCUGCUUCUGAACAGUUUGAAGACGAAGAGGGAAGUCCUGUCAAUUUCCCUCCUUAUUAAGGGCCAGCUAUAAUUACAGUUUUUAUUUAACUAUUUACAAGUCUCUGUACUACAUGAUAUCCUUUCCAAUACCCUGUACCUUUACCUGAAUUUGAAAUUUUAGUAAAUAAAGUUGUAUGAAAUUUUUAACACAUUAGAAAAGUAUAUAUUUGAAGAUUUUUUAAAGUUAUGACUAUCAAGUAGGCAAUGAGCUAUAGUGAACUUCUGUACAUUCAUGUUUUAAGUUUUUAAAUAUGAGAGUAACAAUUUUAACUUUUAAAAUUGGGGUUUUAUAUUCUUACCUAUUUAUAUAUGUGUCAUGGUUCUUAAAUUUUAUAUGUAU